GAUCUAGUUCUUUCCUUCUUCGCUGCAUAGUACAUACCAAGUUACCGUCUUUCCUUAGGUCGUGAAGCUGCCCAAUUUCCCUUUGCGGUACUACACCCUUAGCGUUGCUGCAAAACAAUGGAACGAACGUAGUCUCUUACGUAUCAAGAAUGCGCCGCACCAGCAGAAGCAGACCGAGGCAGCUGUUGCUGGCAUGGAUGCUGGCAGCAGCUAUAGAGCAGCUACAUCGCGCGGCAGCUGCUACUGAUCCACAAGCGGAGGAGCUUAAGGCUGCAAUCAACGCGGAAUACACGUUUAGACCGACCAAUUGGGACAGUGCCAUCCUCAACGACACCUUGUCAAACCUCAAGCUGGAGUCCAUCCUCUGGAGCGCCAAGCCGCGUCGAUUCGACUUCACCGUCUUCACGCAGCUAACUGUCAACCGCCUGCCCACCCUCUUCAACAUGUGCACCACCUUCACGGGGCCGCUCAGCGCAGCGGUGUACGUGCCGCUGGUGCAGGUUGGUGCUGAGAAGGCCGGCAGGGGGAGACGGGAGCUGCUGCUGUCGGGCAGCGGGCAGCAGCAGCUGCAGCAGUCAGAGGGCAGCAGCGGGCAGCCGCGGGUGCUGUCGGGAAGUGGGGGUUACCUGCCGCUGGUGCAGCCGCAGGCGGAGUCGAAGUCAGGGCGGCGGCAGAUGGAGCAAGGGGUAGGGCAGGCGGGCAGCGAGCAGGGAUUGCAGCAGCAAGGGGAGCGGCUAGGGGCGGCAGGGCAGCUUGGAGUGCGACUAGUUGGGAGAGAGUUGAGGGUCGGUGACAUUGGGCUAGGCGCUGCGGUGGAGGAGGAAGGCAGAGGCGGGGGCAGUGGCGGUGGCGGAGGCGGAGGCGGUGGCAGCGGCAGUGGCGGAGGCACUGGCAGCGGGAGGGGAGGCCGGUCCCUGCUGUCCGCUGCCAAUGCGGCGCUGCUGGCGGACGCGGUGGCGCGGGUGGAGGCGCUGCACAGCAGGACCGAGUCGCUCCCCUCCGGCUGCCAGCUGGACCUGAUGCUGUUCAGCGAGGUGUUUGACAGCCCCCAGGCGGCGCUGCUGUACCCGGUCAACUACCUGAGGAACUACGCGCGCAUGCAGGUCCGCACCCGGCUGCUGGCCAUGAUCGAUGUGGACAUGUACAUGAGCGCCUCGCUGUCUCGGGAGAUGGAGCAGCCGGGCAGCAUCCCCCGCUACGAGGCGCUGUGUGAGCAGCGGAGGGCCACCGUGCUGCCCGCCUUCGAGCCAACCAAGCCGGGGGCGGUGGGGAGGGACAUGGCCACAAACCUAACCAAGAUGAGCAAGCCCCAGCUGGCGGCUGUCCACGGCCGCAACAAGGCCGCCAUUCAGUUCAAACUGCGAGUCUUCCCGCGGGGCCACACGCCCACCAACUACACCCGCUGGUUCGCGGAGACCCAACCCUACCAGGUGACCUACAAGCGCUUCUACGAGCCCUGGUUCAUAACCUGCAAUGAGAUCAUGCCCUGGUACGACGUGGAUUUCCGAGGGUACGGCAUGAACAAGAUCGUACUCAUCGCAGCCCUGAACUACUACAACUACAGCUUCUGGAUUCACCCAGAUGCCUGGCUGGUCCAUAACCCUCAUGCGGAUACCGAAGUACGGAAACUAGUAGCUCGGGAGGCUUCUGACGUGAACAAAUUGAACGUCAAGUUACCCGCUAAUGCGCUGUAUCGCAAGCUCACGGUGUUGUUUGGUAAGGCCAAGCGCGGGAUGAUGCGCGGGACGUAUGACCCACGGGUCGAUCCACGCAUGCUUGCGGUGUACGACAAGGUAUCAUGGCUGCGGCCGGCGCCAAAGCUGGUGGGCAGUCCCACGCCUGAGUCGGUGUUCACAUGAAUCGUGUUAGCUGUUGUGCCUGGCUGCCGACACAAGUCAGCACCGCACGACAAUCAUAGCUGGGUGUCUUUCCACAGAUCGGAGAUCGGCACAGUAACGCUGCAUUUUGCAUGGUGACCAUCGCGUGCUUAUGAGGAGGUUACGCAACUGUGCGCUUCAUGCGUGUCAUGCGUUUGGGUCUGCUGUAUGUCUUGGGAGGCGGGAUGACGUGAGGGGUGAUUGAGAGGUUGCGAUGGGGAUUAAUACACACACACGCGCGGGGUCUAGUUCGAACCCAAUCCAGCGAGGUAUAAGCCGUACUAGCUAGCAGUGUUUGUGCUCAUCCUGCACGUUGGUGGCUGAAAGUGAAGGGAAUGUUUGGGGCUGUUACACUGGUAAUGCGUAGAGGCGGGUUACUAGCGUACUAGAGUAGGAGUGAUCGAUGAUGUACGAGGAGGACAGGAAGGCCAAAAGCUGCCAAAAGGCAACAUCCACAGGAAGUAAGGAGUUGGCGUGGUAGGAGGAGCAGGAGGAGGAGGAGGAGCGGCGCAACGGCUUAGGAAAUAUGAAAUAUACAUUCGGACAGGCCCUAACACGAGCAUGGGGCUGGUGUUCGGCCCUAUAUGCUCGCUCGUCUAGUUGAAUGGAGUUGCGUGCAGCGUUCAGGUGUUGCGCUGACGCGUACUGGGAUGAGCACGCGGGGAAGGGGAAAAU